CGAAGUAGAACGCACGAAGACGACGACGGAAACGGCAACGGCGCGGCAAAAAUUAUUGUGGGAAAAAUUAUUAAAUGAAAAUUCAACAAUUUAAAUCCGAAUGUGAACAGUGAACAAAUUAAGAAGAUCCCGUAGUGACUUAAAAGUGUUAACUAAACAGUUUUGAUGCUUAACAAUUAACAAGUUACAAAAUAAAUUAUUUAGUAAAACACGCAUUCUUUGCAGUCAGCUGAAAAGUCAGACCCGCACACGUUUUCUUAUUGGUUUGGGUGUUAGCAAGGCGACACACACGGAUUGGAGCUGCCCAGCUUGACGGCGCCAUGGAAUUAACAAAGCCUUUCAGUUUAUUGGCGCUCGCACUGUUCGCAGUGCUGGCGUUUUAUGGCCGCUCCGCAGAUGCCUGUAUGUGCAUGCCCUCGCAUCCACAGACGCAUUACUGCACUGCUGAUUAUGUUGUGCAGCUGCGCGUUCUGCGCAAGUCGAAUUCCAUCGAGCCGGGCAAAACCACCUUCAAGGUGCACAUAAAGCGCACCUAUAAGGCCACACCGGAAGCGCGCAGAAUGCUGCGUGACGGUCGUCUGUCCACGCCCAAUAAUGACGCGAUGUGCGGAAUUCAGCUGGACAUUGGCAAGGUGUACAUUAUAGCUGGACGCAUGCCCCAGCUAAAUCUGUGCAGCUACUACAAGGAAUACACUAAGAUGACAAUCAGCGAGCGCCACGGCUUCAGCGGCGCCUACGGCUUGGCCUGCAACUGCACGAUCACCCCAUGCUUUGGCAUGCAGUGCCUGCGACAGCGGGAGUACGCCGACGGCUGCAAGUGGUCGCCGUACGGCAAGUGCGAGCGGGACUACUCCGCCUGCGUGCCCCACAACAUCAAAUCGCCGAUGGGCGAUAUCCAGCGCUGCCGCUGGCGACGCACACAGCUCUACAAAAAGUGCCUAAGCUAUCCGUAG